AUGGGCCCCGGCGAUGACGUCCCGCCAACACUGAAAAACGGGUACUUUUUCGCCUGGAAACUGCCAACGCGCAGCCCCUGGCCGGGCCCGACCAUCAUCAUCUCGAUGGCUGUUGAGGACGAAGAUGAAGCCGAGGAGGACCAAUUCCUUAACCUUCUCGAGAGCCGCGACCUGCAAAAAUUUGUCGACGAAUCGCUAGACGACGGGCAACACUCGCACAGUGAGGAGGAAGACGCGGCCGCCGAGAAAGACCUGCCCGCCGAAUAUAGCCGCCAGAAGCCCGCCGAACUGUUCGAGAACUACGCGAGUACUUUUUCGGAGUUCCGCGACGGUGCCGUGGAGACAGAAGGCGAGGAACUGAACUUUGGACAUCGGGAGGCGAUCAAAACUGAAGUGCAGAGCACCCGCUCGAUCAUCCGCUUUGUGAAAAUCGCCUACCCAGAAUUUUGCGGUCCGGAUGUGGCGUUGGACAUGCAGCCGCUGCAAGCCAGCUCGUCGGCUUUGCGCUCGAUCGUGACGCAGAAUCGGGCGAGCAGCGACUUUUCGCGGCGGGUCGUCUACUGCAUUGAUGAGCUGACCGAUGUCCAUUCGGGAGCCGACCGGCCCGCCGAGCAGUUGAUGAACAUUGACGAGCAACGCAUUGGCCGGCCCAGCCCGUCGAUCAGCAACCUGAUGUUCGAAAGCCGGUUUGAAAGUGGAAAUUUGCGAAUGGCCACCCUGGUCGGCCCCAACCACUACGAGCUGAUCCUGUCUCCGGACAUCAACCAGACGCGCGACCACUUCCAGUGGUUCUACUUUGAGAUCUCCAACAACCGCGCCAACGUCCCCUACACGUUUGAGAUCAUCAACAACCUCAAGACGACGAGCAUGUUUGGGAAAGGGAUGCAGCCGGUGAUGUUCUCCGUGACCGAGGCGACGAGCGGGCGGCCGGGUUGGGUCCGGGCCGGGCAACAAGUUCACUACUAUCGAAAUCUCUACACAAUCGGCAAUGAUGAUGACGAGAAUGCGAAUGAGAAGCCGAGGGCUCUCUACACUACCCGGUUUUCCGUGUCGUUCCGCCAUGCCGCCGACGUUGUAUACAUCGCCUACCACUUCCCGUACACGUACUCGUAUAUGAAGACCGUUCUCCACCGCCAUCUAAUCCGGCCUCGCCCGUCCACCUCGAUCCGGGCCGACGUCAUCGGGCAUUCUCUGGCCGGAAAUCCGAUUCAUUUAGUCACCGUCACCGCGCCGGGCACCGUCGAGCAGCUCGAAAGACGCGAGAUCAUCUUCAUCAGCUCGCGCGUUCACCCAGGUGAGAGCAACUCCUCGUGGAUGAUGCAUGGCGUUCUGACCGCCCUCGGGAACUUGGACUCUCAAGACCUGCUGUCACGCUUCAUCUUCAAGCUCAUCCCAAUGCUCAACCCCGAUGGGAUAGCUCCCGGCUUCUCGAUCAAGGGCUGCAGGUACGCGAUCCAAAAAGAAAAGGAACCCUCGGCCAGGGUUGCCCUGUGGCGCCAAUUCGGCCUGCCCCGCGUCUACACGAUGGAGAGCACCUACUGCGGCUUUGACACCGGCAAAUAUCGCGGUCAACAGAUUGGCGUCUACGAGCUGAAGGAGAUGGGCGCGAAGCUGGUCUCCGCUUUCCCGCGCCUCCAGAAAGCGCUCGCCAGGGCCGGCAGCCAGGGCAAGGAGAACGAGAAUUCCUUCGCCCAGAUCAAGAGUCGAUAUCGGGAUAUUCAAGAUGAACUGGGGAGGCUGUCAGAGCACUUGAAGCCGAUUGAGCAGCAGCACUUUCAGCUGGAGAUUCAUGACCUGCUUGUGCAACAACCACCAGUGUUGGAUACAAUUAUGCGGUACCUACCACCGCCAAGGGACAGUGCGUUGCUGUGGUGUACGGAA